CAGUAUUUGGGCUAGACGCGUGUGCUCUUGCAACUGAGCAAAGCUCGCCUGCAACAGCGUGCACGAGCCUAAUGACGAGCACGCGACGUACCGUGUCGACCGCAGGUGCUCCGCUCAUAGCUAAGGCUGCUUUGUACAAAAAGUCGAUUAUUAUGAAAAGUAAAAAUACACGGUUAUUGUUGAAAAAUCGAUUAUUUUGGUUAAAUGAAUAAUUAAUCAGCAGAAUACAGUUGUGCGAUUGAUAUUGAUAUCCGUUAAUAUCGAGGAAAGGCGGAGAAGAAACAAUCCAAAAUCAAUUCAUCGACCAGGCUGCCCAAAUUGAGAGAACACAGAUUUCUCCUUUCACUCCCUUUUGUUUUCGAUUUGCCCAGGAAUGGACUGUGCUCUGAGAAUUGCCCCUUCUUCGCCCAAGGUUUCCUCCCUCCAUUAUCGUUUGCACAGUAAUUCGAGGGUUCUUCACAGGAUAGGCUAUGGAAUUCCCUGCAGUGACGCCGUUUUGCUCAAUUCAUCCUUGUUUGCUUCUCCCGCUAGGGUUGUUCGAUGCGAUGUCAGGCGAAUAAGUAGUCUAGAAUCUCUUUUCUGCUAUGAUAAACCUAUUCCUGAGGAGAUUAUUGAGAAGCCUGUUGGGCUUGCGUUGACCGAGAAGGAUGUUGGAGAGAAUCCUCGAUGCUCUAGUUGUCUCUCUAAAGGAGCGACUCUUUGUGCAACUUGUUCAGGUUCAGGCUUAUAUGUGGACUCUAUCUUGGAGAGUCAAGGAAUCAUCGUAAAAGUCCGAUGUUUAGGUUGUGGAGGAACAGGGAAUACAAUGUGUUCAGAAUGUGGUGGCCGGGGUCAUCUUUGAUUUGGCUUCAUGUUUGUUAUUACUCACAUAAAAGGUCUGUUUCUCAUUUAAUUAGUUAUAUCCCAGGGCAUGUAAUGCAAACCUGCAGAGAUCCUGAUUACAGAUACUCAACAUGUGUAUGCUUUUGCUUUUAACUUCUCGUUGUAUCAUACAUCAAUGGGAACAAAAUUAUUGAAAUCUGCUAUA